AGCCCCAAAAAUAAGUAUUCCUUCUUAAGCGCCCCUUCACCCCCCCCCCCGUUGGAAUUAACGAAACUCGUUUAUGGGUUUGCCCCCCCCCCCCACCCGCCGCCUGGAUUAACGGUUGAACCCGAGGUGUCGUCAACGAAACGUAUACGGUGAUGGCGCAGUCAUGCGUGCAGCCAGCACUGUGUGUUUGGAGAUGAAUCUAACAGACGCCGUUCUGGAGGACUCGGGAACACUGCGCUGGCCUGGAGACGCCUCAUAAACGCACACACACACACCUGUACACUACAAGACCCGCACUCCGCCCCCGCGGUGCCUUGAGAAAGGACCCCGGCGCACGCAACAAGCACUCCAAGCUCCACACCCCCCCCCCGUCACCGAACCCCCUCACGCCCUCCUCCUCGCCGCCGCCACCAUGCCGAGCUCCACCAUCCGCCGGCAGAUGAAGAACAUGGUGAACAACUACUCUGACGCGGAGAAGAAGGUCAGGGAGGCCACCUCCAACGACCCCUGGGGCCCGUCGUCCUCGCUCAUGUCCGAAGUCGCCGACCUCACCUACAACGUGGUCGCCUUCAGCGAGAUCAUGAGCAUGAUCUGGAAGCGGCUCAACGACCACGGCAAGAACUGGCGCCACGUCUACAAGGCGCUCACCCUGCUCGACUACCUGAUCAAGACGGGCUCAGAGCGAGUGGCGCUGCAGUGCAAGGAGAACAUCUUCGCCAUCCAGACGCUGAAGGACUUCCAGUACAUCGACCGGGACGGCAAAGACCAGGGCAUCAACGUGCGGGAGAAGAGCAAGCAGCUGGUGGUGCUCCUCAAAGACGACGAGCGCCUCAAAGGAGAGCGCUCGCAGGCCUUGAAGACCAAAGAGCGGAUGGCCCAGGUGUCCACUGGGAGCGGCCAGGUGGGCUUCGGCCGAGGCUCGUCUCAGCCCAACCUCUCCACCUCCUACAGCGAGGAGUACGGCCAGAGGUCCGAGGGCUCUCCCGCCUCCUACCACGGCUCCACGUCUCUCAACGCCGGCUCAGAGCUGGAGCAGGCCCGACCCCAGACCAGCGGGGAGGAGGAGCUGCAGCUGCAGCUGGCUCUGGUCAUGAGCCGGGAGGCGGCCCGAGCAGGACCGCAUACCCCAGAGGGGGACGAUCUUGCGCUACAGAUGGCCUUGGAGGAGAGCAAGAAAGGAGGUCCAGAAUCGGCAAAGCUGCCCAAGAAGAAGAAAGAGCCGCAGUCCGCUCUGAUGGACCUGAUGAGCGUCCCGGAGCCCAGGGCCACCGCCGACCCCUGGGGGGCCGGAGCAGGGGCCGCCGCACCGGAGGACCCGUGGCAGUCUUACGGGUCUGCACCCAAGCCGGCCCCCCCCGUGGACCCGUGGGGCACCGCUGCCUCUGUCCCGCCCAUGAAGAGCGGCGAUCCCUGGGCAUCCAACUCCCUUCCUGCCGCCGACCCCUGGGGCCCCGCAGCCUCCCGCCCUCCGGCUUCCAACACAGGUAGCUUUGACCUGUUCAAUGCAUCCAACGGUACGUCUAAAGAGGACUUCUCAGAGUUUGACAGCCUGCGCUCUUCCUCCUCUGUCCCCACUGGCGACGGGGGCGUGGCCUCCAUCCUCUCCCAAGCCAGCCUGGCUAGCAGCGGCAGCCUGGACCUCUUUGACCCCCUGCCGGGCUCCAUGUCCAUGUCCGGCAUCGGCAACCCCACCAGGAAGACCCCGGAGUCCUUCCUGGGUCCCAACGCCGCGCUGGUCAACCUGGACUCGCUGGUGACCAAACCCGCCCAGCCGGCGCCGGUCGUCAACCCCUUCCUGGCCUCAACAGGUCUCUCUGCCCCGGCUGCGGCGGCCCACGCCAACCCCUUCCAAGUGAGCCAGCCGGCGCCCCCCACCCUCAACCAGAUGCGCGUGAGCCCCAUGCCCUCUGGCUUCGGCCUGGUGGAGCCCAUGGCCGUCCCCUCGGUGCCGGCUCAGCCCGUUGCCAUGGCUCCCCGCGCGUGCCCGGGAUGGGGCCGCCCUCCAUGAUCGGCGUAG